AAAGCCUCACCAGAUUUCAGUCCAAUCUCAGAGUGAUUAGCGAGGCUUUUCUUGCUAUCCUUAGCGUCCAUGCAUGUGAUUAGCAGGUAGGCCGCUGCUGCUGGAGGCUCAGGAGGUUUCUCUGCAGCUGCUCUCUGUGAGUUUACAGCUCCGAGCGUUGGGAAUAUUUUAUGUAGUUUUUGAAACUGUCUGGAUCAUGAUUGUGGAUCAGGAGAAGCCGCCUGAGGAUGUAUUUUCGUCAGUGACAAUCGCUGAGUGUGCGGUUGGUGGGAAUCAUGCUCUCUGCAGGACCUUCUUCUAGGCAGCUCAGGAGAAUCCAGGUGUCUGUCUGAAGCUCACCUGAGACUGCAGCUUCGCCAACAUGUCUACCCCUGGACGCAGCUUCCAGUGCUUCAGCGCCGUCGGAGGCGACUCCCACCGGUCCUCCGCCCCCUACAAGCACCAGUCCCCCCGGCUGCCCAGGAUCCCUCAGCAUGGGCUGGUGGCCCACCAUGAACCAGAGUGCUACGUGUGCUCUGAGUGCAGACAGGCAGCAGACUCUCAGUACUACCACACAGCCUACCACCACCACAACCACCACCAGCCCCACCGCUGCAACCUCGGGGGGCCCAGCCGGCCAGAGGACCCCCCUCUGGACCACCACAGGUACAACAAGAGGGUGGUGCUGGUGAAGAACAGCGACCCCUCUUUCAGGAAGACCAUCGUGCUGCACCACAGGAGUCUACGCAGCUUUGGGCUGUUUUUAGAGGAGGUCUCUGAGCUGAUGCAGUACCACAUCAGGAAGCUGUACACCGUGGAGGGCCGCAAGGUGGACAGCGUUCAGAGCCUCCUGCACUGUCCCAGUGUUCUGGUCUGUGUCGGACGGGAACCUUCUCAUCCUUCCAUCACAGAAAACUUUAGGAAAACAUCUGACAUCAAACUUCCAAAGCUGAAGUCUCGUUCCUCAGGCUACACUGAAGGACACGAAGGACUCACUGCAAAGAAAACUCAUCCAAACCUGCAGUCUGACAGCAGAGGAACCCGACAGUCGGUGUCUUCUGAAAAAUCAGCCCUGGACGGAACCGAGUCUCCAGAUAAUGUGGACUCCUGCCCCCCCACCGGCGAUGGGAUGAGAGAAGACAACAUCGAGAAGCGUGUUCGUGUUAAUAAAGAUGGCAGUUUGUCCAUGCAGAUGAAAGUGUGCUUCAGACUGGAGAACGAUGAAACUCUGCACUGGUCGACUGAGGUGAGAAAGAGCGCAGGAAGAAGCUGCCAGCUGCUCCACAGUCACACCUGCUCUGCACAGGUGAGCGACCGGAGCUGUUCCGAGUCUGACAACAUGUCUGCCGCUGAGCAGGACGAGGCGUUGGUCUGUCAGCGACACCACAGAGCUGCCGGGGAGCCUCACUGUCCUCGCUGCUGCAGCCGCUGCCAGGACUACGACGUCUGGAAGAGCGUCCCCGGGACUCACGGAGCGAGUCGCUGCAUCCAGACCUCCAGCUCCAGCGCCUCCUCACACACCCUGGUCUCCAGGAAGACGGUGGUGGAGAGGCAGACUGUGUGUGGAUCCACCGAGGGGCUGACAGAACAGCUGGUGGAGACAGAAAUGGCUGAGACUGUGGAGUACUGCACCAUCAGGAGUCAGACCUGCUCGCCUCAGUCCAAAGAUAACAUCAAUGUGGACGCUGCUCAGACAUCAGAACCAGCAGAAUCUGGCAGUCGAGCUUCAGAUGAUGAGCAGAAUGAUGAGGACGAAGAUGUUCCACAAACAUCUACUCAGAACAUUGAACCAGAAGACGCUGCUUUAGAGGUAAAUACUGGAUCUCCUGAGCAGCUUUCAUCCUCCAGCCCUGCAGAAAGAGCUUCCAAUGCUUCAGGACACUCUGGCAAAUCAAGAAGAUCCAAAGCUUCACACACUUGUCGCUGUGCAGCAGCUGAGGGAGAAACAAAGGGCCGAGCUGAAGAAGAAGGUGAGAUGCAAAGCGAUCAAUCAAGUGCCAUGUCUGUCAAAUCAAACGCCUCCUGCAGCUCAAACACACAGGCCAAAGACGAAGAGGAGGAAAGUGCCAUGUCAGUUCAUUCAGAUGCCUCCACAGAAUCCACGUCUGAAGCUUUAGACGCUGAAGAAACAGAAGAAAGACCACGAAGCAGCACGUCUGUGAAGUCCUCUAAAUCUGUAAAAUCAGAGAUGGCGGAAAGAGCGUUAAGUUCACUGUCCUCUAAAUCUAAAACCUCAGGAGCUUCUCCUCUCCAAGAUGAGAAACCAGCUGAGGAAGCAGAGCAGAGGACACCCAGUGCCAUGUCAGAAACAUCCAACACCUGUGAAGCAAACUCCACUGAGGAAACUCAAACUGAACCCAGAGCACAAAGCACAACAUCAGAGAAGUCAAACGUUUCCUCAAAGUCUAAAAAGUCAAGAACAUCUGAAGCUUCACCUGAAGAAAGCCCACCUUCUCCUGCUGUCGAGUCGGCCGAGUUAACGGAGGAGAAUCAGGAGGGUGAGAGAACACAGAGUGCAUUGUCAGCUAAAUCUGCUAAAACAAAUGUUUCUACAGCAUCUGGAAAAUCAAAAGGCUGUGAAGAGACGAUUGAGGACAACGCUGAAGACUUAGAAGAUGCUGCAUCUAACGGUUCUGGAGAAUCAAAGAGGUCAGAUCCUCCUGCUGGAGAAACUGUUGACAUCUCUGUAAACUCUGAAGAGGAAGCUGAAGUCAGACCACGAAGCACGUCGGUCAAAUCAGCAAAGUCAAACACUUCUGCAAAAUCUACCAAAUCUAAAUUAUCUGAUGCUCCUGAGGAUGGGAAUGAUGCAGAGCAAAGUGAGGAAAGAGCCUCUAGUGUCACGUCAGAGAAAUCAGUGGAAUCUAAAUCAUCUGCAGCGUCUAGGAAGUCCCGUCAGUCCACAGGAGGGCCUAAAGAAGGGCCUGCAGAGAGAGUGCUGAGUGCCAUGUCGGCUAAAUCUGCUAAAACAAAUGUCUCGGCAGCGAGUAGAACGUCACCAGAUUCUCCCAGACAUGACGAGGACGUCGAAGGAGACGAUGAGCACAGAUCCAUCAAGUCAAACGCUUCAGCACGAUCAGACUGUGAGGAGAAGAGAGGAGCCAGCGCUCUGUCGGUGAAAUCAGCUCGCUCUGAUAAAUCUACCAGGUCCAACCUGUCGAAAUCCAGCCGGGUUUCAGCUGCAGGAGACGCUGAAGAACGAGCUCCAAGCAACAUGUCAGCUGCAUCUGUGAAAUCCUCAAAGUCAAACACUUCCAGAGCAUCUGUGAGAUCCAGAGGUUCUGCGGGUCCUUCUGAGAGCUGUGCUGAAGCUUCUGAGGAGGUUCUUAAUGAAGGGGAGACUGAAGGGAGACCAGCGAGCUCAGUCUCUGUGAAGUCAGGUGUUUCUGCAAAAUCAAACAAGUCCAAACGUUCUGAAGAAGGUUCUGAGAUCCUGAAUGAGGGAAAUGAUGGAAAGGAAACUGAAGACAGAGCUCAGAGCAGCCAGUCAGUUAAAUCAUCGCAGUCACAUGUUUCUGGAAGAUCUGCAGAGAGAGCAGCGAGCGCUCUGUCAGUUAAAUCAGAAAAAUCAGCCAAAUCACAUGUUUCUGAAGUUCAGUCUGACUUUCCAGAUGGCGGAGAAGAAAAUGAAGAGAGAGCACAGAGCAGCUUGUCAAUCAGAUCCGUUCAGUCUCAUGUUUCAGAAACAUCCAUAAAGUCUGCAGCGAGCGCUCUGUCUGCUAAAUCAGAAAAAUCAGCUAAAUCACACGUUUCUGCAAAAACUAAUGUUUCUGAAGUUCAGUCUGACCUUCCAAAUGGAGAUGAAACUGAAGACAGAGCACAGAGUGCAACGUCAGUUAGAACUGCAAAGUCAACAGUUUCUGCUAAAUCUACCAAGUCAAAAGGAGAAGAACUUACGUCUGAUCACGAAGAACCUGAAGACAGAGCACCAAGUGGUUUGUCAGUCAGAUCAGCAAAGUCCAAUGUUUCUAAAUCAUCUAAAAGAUCAGCAGUUCCUGAGGUUUGCCUGGAAGACGGAGUAGAAAAUCCUGAGGAAAGAAUAGUUGAAGGGGAGAGCGAAGGAAGAGCAAAGAGUUCAGCAUCUGUCCUGUCAGUUAAAUCUCAUGUUUCUGCAAAAUCAAAUAAAUCUAGAAGUUCUGACCCAGAGCAAAAUGAAGAACGAGCAGUGAGCAGCAUGUCUGCUAAAUCAGCCAAAUCAGCUAAAUCAACUAGAUCACAUGUUUCUGAAGUUCAAGCUGAUGGAGCUGCACAUAUUCCUGAUGGAGGAGAAGGUGCAGAAGAAACUCCAGAACGAGCACCAAGCGCUCUGUCUGCUAAAUCAGAAAAAUCAGCUAGAUCAGCCAAAUCACAUGUUUCUGAAGUUCAGUCUGACCUUCCUGAUGGAGAAGUAGAAACUGAAGACAGACCACAGAGCAGCUUGUCAGUCAGAUCAGUUCAGUCUCUUGUUUCAGAAACAUCCAUAAAGUCCAGAGACAGAGCACCAAGUGGUUUGUCAGUCAGAUCAGAGAAAUCAAAUGUUUCUAAAUCAUCUAAAAGAUCAGCAGUUCCUGAGGUUUGCUUUGAAGAUGGAGUAGAAAAUCCUGAGGAAAGAAUAGUUGCAGGGGAGAGUGAAGGAAGAGCAAAGAGUUCAGCAUCUGUCCUGUCAGUUAAAUCUCAUGUUUCUGCAAAAUCAAAUAAAUCUAGAAGUUCUGACCCAGAGCAAAAGGAAGAACGAGCAGUGAGCAGCAUGUCUGCUAAAUCAGCCAAAUCACAUGUUUCUGCAAAGACUAAUGUUUCUGAAGUUAAGUCUGACCUUCCUGAUGGAGGAGUAGAAACUGAAGACAGACCACAGAGCAGUUUGUCAGUCAGAUCAGUUCAGUCUCUUGUUUCAGAAACAUCCAUAAAGUCCAGAGACAGAGCAGCAAGUGGUUUGUCAGUCAGAUCAGAGAAAUCAAAUGUUUCUAAAUCAUCUAAAAGAUCAGCAGUUCCUGAGGUUUGCCUGGAAGAUGGAGUAGAAAAUCCUGAGGAAAGAAUAGUUGCAGGGGAGAGUGAAGGAAGACCAAAGAGUUCAGCAUGUGUCCUGUCAGUUAAAUCUCAUGUUUCUGCAAAAUCAAAUACAUCUAAAAGUUCUGCUGCUGUUCCGGCCGAAGAAAAUGACACACAGCAAAAUGAAGAACGAGCAGCGAGCAGCAUGUCUGCUAAAUCAGCUAAAUCAACUAAAUCCCACGUUUCUGCAAAGACUAAUGCUUCUGAAGUUCAGGCUGAUGGAGCUGCAGAUAUUCCUGAAGGAGAAGGUGCAGAAGAAACUCCAGAAAGAGCACCAAGCGCUCUGUCUGCUAAAUCAGCUAAAUCAACUAAAUCAGCUAAAUCAGAAAAAUCAGCCAAAUGGCAUGUUUCUGAAGUUCAGUCUGACCUUCCAAAUGGAGAGGAAACUGAAGACAGAGCACAGAGUGCAACGUCAAUUAGAACUGCAAAGUCAACAGUUUCUGCUAAAUCUACCAAGUCAAAAGGAGAAGAACUUACGUCUGAUCACGAAGAGCCUGAAGACAGAGCACCAAGUGGUUUGUCAGUCAGAUCAGCAAAGUCCAAUGUUUCUAAAUCAUCUAAAAGAUCAGCAGUUCCUGAGGUUUGCCUGGAAGACGGAGUAGAAAAUCCUGAGGAAAGAAUAGUUGAAGGGGAGAGCGAAGGAAGAGCAAAGAGUUCAGCAUCUGUCCUGUCAGUUAAAUCUCAUGUUUCUGCAAAAUCAAAUAAAUCUAGAAGUUCUGACCCAGAGCAAAAUGAAGAACGAGCAGUGAGCAGCAUGUCUGCUAAAUCAGCCAAAUCAGCUAAAUCAACUAGAUCACAUGUUUCUGAAGUUCAAGCUGAUGGAGCUGCACAUAUUCCUGAUGGAGGAGAAGGUGCAGAAGAAACUCCAGAACGAGCACCAAGCGCUCUGUCUGCUAAAUCAGAAAAAUCAGCUAGAUCAGCCAAAUCACAUGUUUCUGAAGUUCAGUCUGACCUUCCUGAUGGAGAAGUAGAAACUGAAGACAGACCUGUCAGUAACCUGUCAGGCAGAUCAGGAAAAUCGGCGAUGACAAAUGUUUCAGCAGCAUCAAAGAAAUCGAAAUCCACAGUCGCUUCUUGUGACCUCAGUGUUGAAAAUGCAAAUGAAGAGGAUAAAAAUGAAAGCAGGUCAGUAAGUUCAAUGUCCGUCUCCUCAGUCAGGUCAGAUGUUUCUGCAGCAUCGAGCAGGUCCAAAUGUUCCACUGAUGUUCCAGAUGGAGAAAACAUCACCAGACCAAAGUCACACGUUUCUACACCGUCCAUAAGAUCAAAUGUUUCUGGAGUUCCUCCUGAUUUGGACAGACAUGAAGAGGAAGAAACUCAGGACAGAGCACAGAGUGUGAUGUCUGCAAAAUCCUCUGUUUCUGCAAAGUCUAGAAGGUCCACGGUGUCGGCUGCUGCAGAACAAGAAGGAGCUCCUGAUUCUGAGAGAGCUGCAACGAUGUCAGUCAAAUCUGCAAAAUCAGCAAAGUCAGAUGUUUUCAAGAAGUCCAAAGUUUCCUUCCUCCCCUCUGAACACAGCACUGAACUGGCCGACCCAGAGAAUGACAGCAGAGCGAGUUCACUGUCAACACAAACCAACAGGUCAAACAUUUCUGCCAGAUCCAAGAAGUCUGACCUGUCAGCUGCACGAAGCUCCGAGAGUCCUGAAGAAGAAAAGGAGCCGACUGAGGAAAGAGCUGUGAGCUGCACAUUCGUCCGGUCAGCUCAGUCUCAUGUUUCUGACAAAUCCGUCAAGUCACAAACCUCUGCUGUUGCUGCUGAAGAUGCUCUGUCGGCUAAAUCAGGAAAAUCUAAUGCUUCUGUGAAAAUUAGUGAGAGAGCUCAGAGUGCAGCAUCUGUCCAGUCAAGUCGGUCCAAAGCAUCAGAUGUUCCAGCUGAAGAAGUUACAGAGAAUAAUGAAGCUGUAGAGCGAGUGCCGAGUGCACUGUCAGGGAUUUCAAAAGCUUCUGGUGGAAAUCCUGAAGAAGAAACCGAGGAAAGGCCACCAAGCAACAUGUUGGCCAAAUCAGAUAUUUCUGCAUCAUCGAGGAGCACGAAGACACACGACGCUCCUUCAGAAGACAACGAUGCAAACGAAGAACUAACUGUUCAAAGACCAGCAAGUGCUACUUCAGCCAGAUCCGCCAAAACUGCACAGUCAAAUAUUUCUGCCAAAUCUAGCAAGUCAGAAGCCUCUAAUGCACCCGGUGAAGACAAUCCACCCAGUCACAGCUCUGUUAAAUCUGCAAAAUCAAACAAGUCAAACACUACGGCGGUUUCUGCUGAAAACGGUGCCAAUGCUGCUGAUGGAGACAUAGAAGAAGAUGCUGAGGAGAGAGCGGCGAGCUCCACGUCUGCCAAAUCACAUGUGACAUCAGUGUCUGCAAAAUCCAAAGCUUCUCACAGAUCAGCUGAGGGUCCAACAGAGAGAACAUCCAGCGCUCUGUCAGGGAAGUCCACCACCUCUGCAAGAACUCUGAAGUCCAACGUGUCUGGAAGAACUCCAGCUGAGAGGACAGAACUGGAUGAAGAGGAUAGAGCAAACCGCGCCAUGUCCACCAAAUCAGCAAAAUCAAACAAAUUAACUCCUGAGGAAACAUCUGAGAGAGCACCGAGUGGCUCUUCUGCAAGGUCAAAUAAGUCAGCGAGACCAAAAACAUCAGAAGUCUCCGAUGUUCCUGAAAGAGAAGAGAGAACUUUAAGUCCGGUGUCUGCCAAAUCAAACCGAUCUCACAGGUCUGAAGUUCCUGAUGUAAUUGUGGAGGAGAGUGAAGACAGAACACCAACAGCCACGUCCUCAAAGUCCAAGGCUUCAAAAAGGUCCUCUGAGGUUAAAGAGAAGAAGAGUUCUUUAUCUGCGAGCUCACAUCUGUCCAUUAAAACCAAGAACUCCAAAGUAACAGAUGAAGACGUGGAAACCAAAGAGGAGGAGGCUGAGGUCUGUUCUGAGGAGAGAGCUGGUGUUUCUUCAGUGAAUGCAGGUGAAGAUGAGAACAGCUGUCACUCUCAGAUAGAUGCCAAAGACACAGCUGCUGAGGUUACCGAGAAGCCAAAGUCUGUACAAACAUCUCAGAGCGAAAAGCAGCCGAAACAAAAUGAGCAUCCUGUCACCUCUCACACAGAGUCAGACGAAACCGAUCUGUCUCAAACUCUGUCCAGUUCUGACCUCAAAGAGAUGCCUGGAGAGUCCAAGCCCAGCGUGGACGAACAGAAGAUGACAAAUGGAGAUGCUGAAGAAACCAUCACUGAAAAUACCAAAGAUAACUUUGGUCUAGUCCCGUCCAGUCUGCCCAACGCUUCCCCUACAGAGGUGGUGAAUCAGUGGCUGAAGACGAUACCAGAGGACGGAAACAUGUACGAUGUGGAGGAGCUUAAUGAAAGCUUUGAGGGUCAGAAAACUGUCCUGACUUCAGAGGACGGCAACAGAGUGGAGACGAAAGAAAACAACGAAGAAUCUGCAGCUGAGAAUUCAAAGGACACAAAUGAAGGAAGUGUGACGAACAGCGUCCCGAAUGACGACGGCCCAACAAACACUGAGGCUCUUAAUGAAGAAAACUCUAACCAGAGAGACUCCAAGAUCUUCAGCUCCUCCAUACAAGUGAUGAAAGUGCUUCUGAACCCAAAGCUGGACAGGUGUAACAGUUUACCUGAGAUUUCUCCGGUGUACGGACGUAAGCUGAGCACGUCAGCCAGAGGGCUGCUGGACUGUCUGGUGAAGCUGCAGCUCAUCGACCGUGACCCUAAAAACACCACUGAGAAGGACGAAAGGUACCAGGAGCUGAUGGGCAUCCUUCAGUCUCUGUGGCUGUGUGAUCCUCCAGAACACCAACAUGUGUCCAAGAACGAAGAUGUGGACGAUGACUUUAACCACACGUCGUCCUCCGGCGUCGACGUCAACAGUGGCUCAACGGGCUCUGGGAACAGCAGCGACGGAGUGAAGGGUGGAGAAGCAUCUCAGCCUGGUGCAGAUGGAAGCCAUCAAAACAUCUGUGAGGGUGAAGCUCAAUGGACUUCUGAGAGAGAAGCAGAAGGAAUCAAUAAAACUGAAGAAGAUCCAGCCACAGACGGUACAAGUCCAGACGAUGACAGUCCGAGACAGCUGCCUGAAACUCCUCUGUCCUCCAGCAGGAGCUCAGCAAACGACUGUGAAAGUGAAAGUCAGGAGGAACCUGAAAGUCUUCUGCUCAGCCAGAGAGCACAGAUUGCCAAAACACUUUCUCAGGACCCAGAUCCAGUCUGGGUUCUAACCUUACUGAAGAAAAUAGAAAAGCAGUUCAUGACGCAUUAUAUCAACGCCAUGAAGGAGUUCAAAGUGCGCUGGAACCUCGGAGACAACGAGCAGCUGGAAAAGAUGAUCAGUGAGCUCAGAGCUGAGGUUCACAGAAGAAUCCAGACCAGCAUAGACAGAGAGCUGAGGAAGAUGCAAGGUCGAGCAGGUCUGCCGAGACCUGCCAAAGAAGCCACGUCCAGAGCUUCAACCACACAGAGCAAAGAGCCCAGGAGGAGGCUGAAGAUCAUGGUCAAACAGUCCAUUGGUUCUAACACAGAGAAAAGUGAUGAUUCAGCCACAGGAACGUCCUACAGCGACCAGCGGAGUGAGAACGACGACGAGUUCUGUCCCUGUGAAACAUGUCUGAAGACCAACAUCACGUCACCUGCUGGUCCUGUGGUUACAGAUCUGAAGACCGAUGAGUGUUCAUGUCGCCCUGCAGAGGACCAGGAAACUGAAGCAGCAGAAAUGCUGGUAGAAGAGGUCAUCGAUAAAGCUUUAAAUGAAGUGCAGGGAGACAAGGAACACAGAAAACCUGAAGAUGUUUUUGCUGCAGAAGAUGAAGGCAGUGAAGCAGAAACCAUCAAAGAACUGACUGAAGGAACAGGAGAAGACUUCACUGUAGACAGUAACAAAGAAGAUGAGAAUGCAGAAACACGGAGCGAGAAAACCUCGCAGACUGAAGACGAACUUAAAACUACUGAGGAGAUUAAUACAUCUGUCACAGGCGAAGAACUGCCAAAAGAAGAAGAUGAAGAUGUUGUGGUCCCAAAUGAAGAAGCUACAGAACUGUCAGCUUCUAGAACCACACGUGAAGCAGCAAAUGGCUGGUUGAAGGUGAAGAAGAGACUGUUGUCCUCGAAGCAGGAGGUGGAGGACGGGGAAAUGUUGAAGGAACCAGCUGAAGACGCCAUGACUGAAGCAGAGUCCAAAGAAGCUGCUGAAGCCACCAGACCUGAAGAUGUAGCAGCUGAAGAUCAGUCUGAAAAAGAGGACACUGCAGAAGAUGAAACUGCUUUGGACAAUGAGAUCUCCGUCACAAGAGAAGAAGAGUUAAAAGAUGAAACUGCUGAAGAUGAAGAUGUAGCAGCUGAAGAUCAGUCUGACAGAGAUGAGGCUGCAGCAGCAGAAAGUGAAGAUGAAACUGCUGUAGAGAGAGAAGAGUCAAAAGAUGAAACUGCUGAAGAUGAAGAUGUAGCAGCAGAGGAGGAGGCUACAGCUGAAGAGGCUGUAGCAGAAGAGAUGGUUGAUGCAGAAGAAGCUAAUUGUGCUAACGGGACGGAUGAAGGUGCUGCAGGCCCAGAUGAAGAUUCAGUAAAAGAACCAGCUGAAGAUGAACUGGUUUUAGAAAAGGAGACUGUUGCUGUUAGAAGUGAAGAUGAACUGAAGGAGGAAGCUGAAGAAGAAGCAGCAGCAGAGACCAUCUCUGGUGAACAUGAAUCUGAGAGAGAGGAGGCAUGGACUGGUGUUGCCAGUGAAGAUAAUUCUGCAGAAGAUUUAGAUGAAACUGCAGACGAGAGUGAAGCCACACCGACUGAAGAUGAACUGGAGGUAGAGAAAGAAGCUGCUGUUAUGAGUGAGGAUGACCUUAAAGAAGGUGCAUCUGAAGCAGCCACAGCUGAAGAUGAACUGAUGGUAGAACAGGAGGCUGCUGCUGAUGAACUUAAAGAGGAAGAUGAAAAUGCAGAAGAAUCUGCGAUGGCAGCCACAAGUGAAGCUAAAUCUGAUGAAGAGGAGGCUGUGGAAGCAGCAGCAGCUACUGAUGAGGAGAAGUCUCCUGCAGAAGAAUCAUCAGAAGAACCAGACGAAGCAGCAACAACUGAAGAUGAGCUGGUUGUAGAAAAACAAGCUUCUGUCACAGAAGAUGAGUCCAAGGAUGAACCUGCAGCAGAAGAUGCUGCUUUGGAAGCUUCAGUUGAUCAUGAACCAGAUGAAGAUGAGGCUGUGGAAGCCUCUGAAGCAGCCACAGCUCAAGAUGAGUGUGAUGUUACACAAACUGAAGAUGAGCUGGUAGAAAAACAGGCUGCUGUCACGGGAGAAGACGAAUCAAAGGAUGAACCUGCAGCAGAAGAUGAGGAAGCUGCUGAGGGAGGAGAAGCUAAUUCUGUAGAAGAUGUAGACGUUACGACAGCUGGAAAAGAAACUGCAGAUGAGAGUGACGCUGCACCAACUGAAGAUGAGCUGGUGGUAGAAAAACAGGCUGCUGUUAUAAGUGAGGAUGAAGAUGAAGCUGUGGAGAACAUCACAGCAGACAAAGGUGAAGAGGAGGCUGAGGAGGCAGGCAGGGCUGAUGAAGAGGAGGCUGGGGCUGCCAGUCAAACCGAUUCUGCAGAUAAUUUAGAGGCCACCACAGCUGAAGAUGAACCUGCAGCAAAAGACGCUGUUUUGGCAGCUUCAACUGAUCAUGAGUCUGAGAAGGAUGAGGAAGCUGUGGAAACGGAGACGGCUGAUUCUGCAGAAGAUGCAACUCCAAACGAAGAAGAAACUGCAGAUGAGAGCGAUGCUGCAUCAACUGAAGAUGAACUGAUGGUAGAACAGGAGGCUGCUGCUGAUGAACUUAAAGAGGAAGAUGAAAAUGCAGAAGAAGCCACGAUGGCAGCCACAAGUGAAGAUGGAUCUGAUGAAGAUGAGGCUGUGGAAGCAGCAGCAGCUACUGAUGAAGAGAAGACUCCUGCAGAAGAAUCAUCAGAAGAACCAGAUGAAGCAGCAACAACUGAAGAUGAGCUGGUUGUAGAAAAACAAGUUGCUGUCACAGAAGAUGAGUCCAAGGAUGAACCUGCAGCAGAAGAUGCUGAAAAUAAGGAAGCAGGGAGCGCUGAUGACGAGGAGGCUGUGGAAGCAGGAGCAGCUACUGAUGAAGAGGAGGCUGCUGCCGGUGAGUCUGAUUCUGCAGAAGAUGUAGAUGCAACCACAGCUGGAGAUGAAACUGCAGACGAGAGCGACGCCACACCAACGGCUACCAGUGAGCAUGAAUCUGAAGAAGACGAGGCUGUUGACAACGCUGCCACGGAACAUGAAGAAGAAGCUGCAGAGAGUGAUGCUGCACCAACUGAAGAAGAUCUGGAGGUAGAAGAAGAAGCUGCUGGUACAGAGGGUGGUUCAGCUGAAGAUGCAGAAGAAACCACGAUGGUAGCCACGAGUGAACAUGAAUCUGAUGAAGAGUCUGUGGAAGCAGGAACUGCUGACAGUGAAGAUCAGGCUGCUUCCACUGUGGAGAAAGAUGUUCCUGCCAGCAGUGACAAUGAAGAUCACAGCGCUACAGAGGAGGCUUCAGCUACAACCAGACAUGAAUCUGACAGGGAUGCAGCUGGGGAAGCCUCCAGUGCAAAGGAUUCAGACGAGGAGGUCGCUGUCACUGCUGAAGAUGGUGGAGAAACAACCAGAGCCGAGGAGGAAAGUGCAUCUGAAGCAGCCACAGCUGAAGAUGCAGAAGAAACCACGAUGGUAGCCACAAGUGAACAUGAAUCUGACCAAGAAGAGGAAACAGGGACAGCUGAAGAUGCAGAAGAAACUGCUGCUGGCAGUGGAGAUGAUUCUGCUGAUGACGUGGAAGUGUCUUCAAAUGAUGAAAGUGCAGAAGAGUCUGAUAACACAGCUAACAGACUAUCAGAAGAAGCUUCUGAAGCAGCAGAGGAGGAAGAUGAUGACUCAGACACAAAUAAAACCACAGGACAGGAGGAAAGGUCUGAAGUUACAAAUGAUAAGGAGUCAGAACAUUCAGAAGCCAAACCUGACAACAUUGAGGAGACUGCAGGAGAAGAUGUAGCAGGAGAAGAUGAAACUGCAGGAGAAGAUGAAGCAGGAGAAGAUGAAACUGCAGGAGAAGAUGAAACUGCAGGAGAAGAUGAAACUGCAGGAGAUGAAGCUGCAGAAGGUGAAACUGCAGGAGAUGAAACUGCAGGAGAUGAAACUACAGGAGAAGAUGAAGCUGCAGAAGGUGAAACUGCAGGAGAAGAUGGAACUGCAGAAGAUGAAGCUGCAGGAGAAGAUGGAACUGCAGAAGGUGAAACUGCAGGAGAAGAUGGAACUGCAGAAGAUGAAGCUGCAGGAGAAGAUGGAACUGCAGAAGAUGAAGCUGCAGGAGAAGAUGGAACUGCAGAAGAUGAAGCUGCAGGAGAAGCUACAGAUGAAAAUGUGUCUGUAAGUGAAGCAGAACCAUGUGAACAAAUAGCAGAAAGCACUGUGGUUGAAGAUUUUAAAGAAGAAGAGGAUAAUAAAUCUCAGGUUGAGGAACCAGCAGACGGUGAAACUGCUGGAGAAGAAUCUGAAGAGGAGGAAUCUGCUGAGAAAGAAAGUGGAACCUGUGGGGAAGAAACAACCGGAGACGAGACUGAAGGACACGAAACAGCAGAAGAAGAAUCGGGAGGAGCUGAAAUGGACGAGAAUGAGAUCAGUGAAGGAACAUCUGCAGCAGACGAGGCUGAAGAAGAACAAAUACACUGUACAGAUACCAGAGAAGAUGAAUCUGGACGAGAUGCUGCCAGUGAAUCUGAGACAAAUCCUGAUGAAGCUGAAUGCACAGGAGAAGAAAGUGACGUUCCCCAGACCAACAAGGACACAGAAGAGCCUGAUGACAGGGUGGAGGAAAUAUCAGAAACCAUAGAAGAAGACAAAGAAAACAAACCAGAGGAAGGUGGAGAGAAUCCUGAGCAGACAGAAGAUGUCUCACAGUGUGUAGGCUGUGAAAACGAUGAAGACAACGAUGAACGCUCUGAGAAGCACGACGAGGAAACGGAAACACCCAACGACAACUGGAGCGAGAACGAUGGAGAAGAUGAAGCUGAAGAAGACUCAGAUGAACCUGAAGAAGAAGAAAGCGAAGACAUACGGAAACUUUUAGUUAGCAGCAAGCCCAACAGUCAGGAUGCGACCAUCAAAGCAGCUAAAGAACCAACGCUGAAGCUGCCGGAUCCUCCAAUCAAAGUCAGCGCAGAGUCCGAGGACGGAAUGUACGCUGACGGAGAAGACUCAGAGUCAGAGAUGAUGAACAGCGAGGAGGACGUCACGAGCAUCGAGUCCAAGAGUCUGAAGAAGAGCAGAUCGUACGCUAAAGGAGACUCUGUUAGAGCCAGGGAGAACUGAAGGAGGAACAUCAGGGAACAGAAGACUGAAGAUCACUGGAGUCGAUGUUCUGUUUAAUAACCUGAACCUUCAUCACCAGUCUGAUGCUUCCUGCUGCUGCUGCUCUGUAGAAAUUAACAGUAAGUUAGAAGAAGUUUGAGAGGUUUCUUCAUCUGGGUGGAGACGACCACGGCAGCUAAGAUUGUCUAACCCUAACCCUACUGUCCAGCUGGUUCUGAGGUUUCUGCUCUGAACAUAAAACUGUAAAAACAUUGAUUCCACAGAACUGUCACCAGCAGCCCGAUGUUCUUCUGAAUCCUGAUGUUGGAUCUUCUAGAAGAAGGAGAAAGGACUGAUGUGGGUCACAGCUCUGGAAAUAAUUCUGUUUUCUUUACAAAGUUGACAACAGUGAUAAUUUAGUUUGACUUUUAUCACUGAAUAGUUGCGGCAUCUUCUAAAAUGUCUUAAGAUCAUAAAUUCAAUAAAUUGUUUUAAAAUGAUGUAUUGAAACUGUAAAAAUGUUCACCCUAGAUGGAUGAAAACAUGCUUUGAGUCGCUGUUACUUAAAGUUAACAGAUGAUCUAAGAUGAUGAAGGACUACAGCAGAAGCUCACUAAGCUUGAAGAAGAACCCAGGGUCUUCAGGACUGAGGUUCUACUGAGAACCACAGACAGAUGCUGCUGCUGCUGACGGUGAAUUAUUUUAAAGCUGUUUUCUGUGUUUUUAGUGUCUGAAGCUGAGAUGAAACAGCUGCUGCUCCAAUAAGGAGGAAGAAUCUUGAAACUUGAAUGUACAUACAGCAUGUAGCGGGUUUGCACAGGUUUUAUUCACAGCUAAACUCUGUUUUUAAGCACUGUGAGUGAUUCAGUGCUUUUCAUGAUGCUGACGUUUCUCCUCACAGCGAUGAAGAACCGAGAUCCCUUCAGUCUGACUGGUGUUCUGCAGGUUAGACCAAGGUGCAGUGUUUAGUUAUCAGCUGAUUACAGUCCUUUAACCCUCGUGUCGUUCUGCGGGCCAAAUUGACCCGGUUUAAAGUUUGAAAAUGUGGAGAAAAAAAAAAUUUCCACAGUGAAACUUCUGAUGUCCACAUUUUCAACAUUUUUGGGAAAUCUUUGAACAUUUUUGGUGGAAAAAAAAAUGUUAAAAAUGUUUCUGAAGAACAUUCACAAAAAAAAAAUCAACCAAAAUCCAGCGAAUUUCACUGGAUUUUGGUUUAUUUUUAUGUGGAUGUUCUUAAAGAAAUUACUAGAAGUUUCACUGAUAUAUAUAUGGAAUCACUAGAUAUUUUUGGAAUUUUUUGGAAGAUUUUUACUGAUUUUUAAAAAAAUAUUUACAAUAAUUUUCUUGCCAAAUUUGAGGGAUUUAAAAAAAAAAAAAAACUUUGUUGAAAUGUUAAAAAAAAUGUUUCUUUAAGAACAUUCUGAAAAGAAAUCUACCAAAAUCCAGUGAAUUUCACUGGAUUUUGGUUGAUUUUUAUGUGAAUGUUCCAAAGAAAAUAUUAGAAGUUUUACUGAUAUAUAUGGAAUCACUUUAGAUAUUUUUAGGAUUUUUUUGGAAGAUUUUUACUAAUUUUUUGAAAACAUUUACAAUAGUUUUUUUUUUUUUUUUUUUAAAUUUCGUACCAAAUUUGGGGUUUAAGAAAAAACUUUUAAGGGAAACUUUUAAGGAAUUAUUGGAAUUUUCUUCCUGAAGGUUUUGCAAAUUUUCAGAAAUUUGUGGAAUUUUUUUUUUGCUGAAUUUUUGGAUUUUUUCCUGACAAGGAAACAAUAUUUUUUGGUGCCCAUAAAUGAAGACAGCAGGAGGGUUAAGGUCCUCCAUGAUGGUGGAGAACACCACUAGUCUGCAUCAUGAAGAGCACCAGUGUUAUAUUAAUGUUAUAUUUAUGUUACCCACUGAACUCCUGAGCCAGAAACCAGCACACGUUUAAUAGUUGGACGGAAUCUCGUCUCUGUUGCACUCACACUGUAGCUCUGCAGUGUUUCUCCUUUCUGCUGCUCCACGUUUAAAAUGUUUGAAUGUAUUUAAAGUUCUAUGUUUAAAUAAUUCAGAAUUGUAUGUUUUCCUAGUUACAGUUGCUCCCUGUUGUGCAGGUGCAGCUCAGGUGGUUAGGGUUGGAUGAUGGAGCUUCUCAUCACCUCCAUCAGGAAACUGCAUCACAGCUCACCUGGAUAAACAGGUAGUCAGGUUAAAGAUCUCCUGUUGUUCUGUAUUUAGACCAUCCGCUGUUUAUCUGCGUUACAGGGUUCAUCUCUGCUGAAUGUAUUGCACAUAUUGUCUCUGACAUUAAAUUGACUUCAAAGUCA